AUGGCCGACUACAAAAUCCAGUUCACGACUUUCCAAAAUGUCAUAAACAACGAGCUCAAGUCGACCUCGGAGGUCAGACAUGGCGUGGACCCCAGCACGGAAGAGAACCUCCCUGACCUGCCUGUCUCCGGCCAGGAGGAGGUCGACCAGGCUGUGUCAUUCGCCAGAGAGGCCUUCCCGGCGUGGCGUUCCAAGUCAUGGGAUGAGCGUGGCGCGUGCGUCCAGAAGCUGGCAGACGCGAUUGAGGCCAACCAUGAUGAGAUCCGUGACCUCCUGGUGAACGAGUCCGGCAAAGCCUUCAACACGGCUAACAUGGAGAUGCAAUUCGCCAUCGGGCACCUCCGCGUGACGGCUGGGCUCCGGAUACCUGACGAGACCGUUGAGGACACGGCUGAGCGCACUGCAAUCGUUCGGUAUCGCCCUCUCGGUGUUGGCUGCGCCAUUGUCCCCUGGAAUUGGCCGCUGCUGCUCGGUGUGGGCAAGAUCGGUCCUGGUGUUAUGGCUGGAAACACCGUCAUUGUAAAGCCCUCGCCUUACGCCCCGUACACUCUGAUCAAGGUCUGCGAGCUCGCCUCAAAGAUCUUCCCUCCUGGUGUCAUCCAGGUCCUUAGUGGUGAUGAGAGCCUGGGCCCUCUUCUGACUCUGCACCCUGGGAUCAACAAGGUUAGCUUCACUGGAAGCACUGCCACUGGCAAAAAGGUUGCGGAAGCCUGCGCCAAGACUGUGAAGAGGCUCACACUGGAGCUGGGUGGGAAUGACGCUGCUAUCGUGUGCGACGACGCCGACCUCGCCAAAGUUGUGCCAAAGGUCAGCACACUCGCUCUCAUCAGCUCCGGGCAGAUCUGCAUGAACGUGAAGCGAAUCUACGUCCACGAGAAGAUAUAUGACGACUUCUUGAAGGCCAUGGUUGACUUCGUCCGCAACAACAUGAAGCCCGGUCCGGCAGCAGACCCCAACACUGGUGUCGGCCCAGUGCAAAAUAGCAUGCAAUAUGCCAAGGUCUUGAACCUGUUUGAGGCAGCCGAGAAGGAAGGAUGGAAGAUUGCGACGGGCGGUCUCAAGGAGAAGAAGGAGGGCAAGGGCUUCAUUCUCCCCCCAACCAUCAUAGAUGACCCGGCCGAGGGCUCCCGCAUCGAGGCCGAGGAGCCCUUCGGACCCAUCCUGCCCGUCAUGAGGUGGUCUGAUGAAGCCGAGCUAAUCCGCCGCGCCAACGGCUUCGACUCGGGGCUCGGUGCGUCCGUGUGGAGCAGCGAUAUCACCAAGGCAACAAAGAUCGCGGACCAAUUGGAGGCUGGUAGCGUUUGGAUAAAUACCCACUUUGAGGUUGGCCCACACAUGCCUUUUGGUGGGCACAAGCAGGCCGGUCUGGGAAUGGAGUGGGGUGUUGUUGGCCUCAAGGGAUGGUGCAACCCUCAGGCGUUCUGGACGAGGAAGGACUAA